GUGCGCCUGGCGUCAGCAGCGUGAGCAGCGUGAGCAACGUGCUGUGUUUGGCUGGAGCUUCAGAGCGCAGCGCAAGGACACCCGGCGGACUGUCAUGACAUUUGGAUAACAGCCCCCUCCAAAGUUUACGCUGCGACGCAUCUAUCGAUCACUGCACAUCUCCUGGGACUAGGAACGGCCACAUUUAGGAGGACUCCGACUGAUUUCUGGAGCAGGGACGGGCUGUGGCCCUAACCUUGGAGCACUGCAGUGUGUGUAUGUGUGGAGCUGGGAUGGUCUGUGAUUGACUGGACAGGCCCUGCUGCUGAAUGGCUGUAAACCGAGGGGGUGUGGCCUUUUGGAUCGCCUGUGUCCGCAGCCAAGGCAGAGGGAGCCAGCAUCGAAUUGUCCACAGGGUGGAUGGAACCCUUCGCACACACAUGCCCCGCCCUCUGACCAGUGCAUCAUGGGCCCUGGCUCCGCCCAACAGCCUUCGUUACCAGAACACCCACCGCCCGCCCUUAUCUCAUCCCCUCCCCCGCUCCGACCAAUCCCAUCGUGCCACUGGCUGCCAUGACGACGAAUGCGUGGAGUCGUUCAGCGUUGUCCUGGAGAUCCCCGUGUUUGGCCAGGGCAGACACAAACCCUCUGCCCUGUCCUUCCCCCUGACUAUAGUGGAUGGCAGUGGGGUGGACGAUAUCAGUGUGGGGGGAGGGAGGCAUAAGAACCCUGAAACUUUGGCAAGGGAACACGGCUGCUUCAGGAGCCUGUUCCAAUCUGAGAAAUGCCCUGCCCCCUUCGUUUACGGAUCUCACUUUUACUGCUUCCACUGCCCCCCUGUGGAGCCGCUGGGCAGUGCGGAGCAGGUGUGUGGACUGGAAGAGUUGCCUCUGCUGCUGCCCUCCACGCUGUGCAGCCCAGCCGAGCGACUACAGGAGGCACCCCCUGCAAGAGACAGUGACGAAGAGCAGAAGCUGGCUCUGAUGUACGAGCGCCUCAGGAUAGAGCUCCCAGGUUUUUUUAAGAAGAACCAUGACUACAGCAUGUAUUCUCUGGAUGUGGAGUUUGUCAACGGUCUCUUGAAUACCAAAACCAGAGGGCGUGUCCUGUAUCAGCUGAGCCUGACCCUGUGGAGGUUGUUGUGCCUGUGUUACUAUGCCGACGCUCACCUGGAGGUGCUGAAGCUCACCAAACACCCAGAGGACGGCACGGUGAAGGCGCGCUGGAGGCUGCGCGGUCUGCCCAUACACAGCCUGCUGCUGCGCUUCUACCUCAAGGACAAGUCCCAGCUCUUCAGGUCCGUUGAUGCUUUCUCCACUUUUUACAUUGGCCACGAUGGACUUAUUCACUGUCACAAAGUAGAAAAGGUGAUGCCAGCCCGCGGGCCUGUCCUGCCCCGUGUAACCUCCCUCUUGGCUGGGGCUCUGGUGGCUCUGGGUCUGCAGGAGCACCGGCCCGCUCUCAACCUACUGCCCCCCCUGCUGUCCUCCCUGCGGCAUGACAGGAACUAAACCCUCCCCUUGUACUCCGAAAACUCUGUCAAUCACACGAUCAGCAAGCCCCACUCUCCAUUUAACUUAUGCCAGAUCUGCAUGGGGGCUACUUACCACAACCAGUAGAACUGCUCUGUGUAACUCAAUAGCGCAUCAAAUCAUCUGUCAAUAUUGUGUACAUCCUAGAAAUGUUUGUACGAGGGGCCUGUGACAGUUAUCAAUGUAGCUAAGCCUAUGUCCUCCUGUCCAUUACUCCAUUGGUAAUUAAAGAUGCACUGGUGGGUGGUAGUUGGUACCCUACCUGCUUGUCUUGUUCAUAGAGAUGUUAUCGGUUUUCCUGGAAUGUACAGUAAUACGAGCUGAAAUGUAUAAAUCUUACAUUUAUUUGGUAACACUUAAGUUGAGGAAUCACUUAUUAACUCCUAACUAAGUAUGCUAGCAAUUCAGCUGUUAGUAUUUAUAAAGCCCUUAUUAAUGCUUUUUAUUUUUAUGUACAAUAGCAUCCAUUGUCUUUAAUGGAAAUAAAUGGUAAUAAAGAGUAUUAAAGGAAAAGAAUGAAAAAAAUAUUUAACUUUAAAUUAAAUAAACACUUUUUAGAACUUUUAUGAAAAAUCAUAAAAGUAUAUUUUUGAUUAGAGUUGUAAAAAACAGUAUAGAUUGUAAAAGCAGCUCUUAGGGUCAAAAUGAGACCGUUGUGUGUUUUAUCAUCUGAGAACCAGGAAGUGCACUGCUAGCAUGCUAGUUGGCAUGGCAGCAAAAUUCCACAGAGACUGUACCGCAGCCUUAACCUUAUAAUGAAUUGGCUUUGUGUAUAGUAGUACCCAGCAACCUCAUUGUUAACGUCACUGCUUCCUGUCCAAUUUCUGUCUUUUAUCUUUUUACCUAUUCACGCUAAAUUGAAUAAAUAAUUAAAGAUAAGGCAGUGGACAUGGACUACACAAAUAAAAUUAAAGAAAGAGAGAUUUUUGUGUCUCAGUGCUAACACCAAAGCUGAUUUUAAGGCAUAAUAAAUAUUAAAACGGCACCACAAAUUAAAGUAAUCUAUGUAUAAAAACAAUUGCAUAGUCUUCCAUUUGAAUUUGAAUGGGUUGUUUAUUUUGUUUUCUGAUUUUGGUGAAAGUGACUAUUAGCUUUGAGACACAGUGAGCUAGCUAGCAUGCGGCUGUGCACAGAGCCAGUUUGGCUGUGAAUACAUCCCUUAUGUUUCAGGUGUUAUUGCCCCUGGACAUUCAUUCAGAAUACAUUCUACACAACUGCCAGUGCAAUAUGUGUCAGAAAAUCUCUGGAGUUUUAUUGUGCACUGUCAGUAUGCUAGUUGUUGUUAGCAGUGGUGUAAUUUCAAAACUCUACUCUGGUCUUUGAAAGUUGUGAAAAGAGUUUAUAAACUCAUCGCUGCGUAUAAUGCUUGAAAUGCGUUAGGAAAGUGAAUAACUUUGGACCACUGCAAACUGCAAAACUAGGAUUUUCACAUUUUCCAGACAGUAAAAAUCAGCUACAGUGCCUUUAGUAAGUACUUCAUACAGAUGUGAAUAACCACUUAGUAGCCAUAGUUUGUAGAUGACAUAUUUGUGUCAUCACAAGUGUGUAAACAUUGAAAAACACGCUCUCUUACUGUGACCAGAAUUGCCUCUCCACAGAUUUGACCUACAAUUUGGCCUUCAUGUUUCCAUUCUGUUUCCUUCAUGUUGCCAUACUGUUUAAUCCCAUACUGUAAAAUAUUCCAGGGAAGGCAAUAACAUCUCCAUAGAGACAAGCAGGACAUACUCUCCACCAGAAAAGUUACACGGUGCACCUUUAAAGUUGUAAUAUCGCUAUAAUAAAUGCUAUGCACUGUUGAUUGGAUGACAAGACACACUUCGCUGCUAGAAACAUCUAUGUUGCCAAAAGUCUGUAGUUUGUGGCUUAGGAUGCGUAUGGACAUUUUAGACUGGUUCAAAAGCAGUGAGAGUCUGGAUAAUGUUUGUUGAUUUUGAAAAUGAAAAAUACCUGUUCUAGCAUUAAUGUGUGAUGUAAUAAACUAUAAAUUAUAUACUGAGAUUGUAAAUGAAAAGAGUGGGCAUUUGUGGAAAAUAAGAACAUGAAAGGCUGUGAAUUAAAAGGGUAAAGGGGCAGAGGUGGGUAGAUCAGCCUAGAAUUCUACUUGUUAAGAGUGACGUUACUUCAAAAUAAUACAGAGUAACCGUCUGGACAUAACAUCUGAUUUAUAAUUUAUAAUGAAUGUCAUUGGAAGGACAAAACAUUAAAUAAUGCACAAAACCUGGUAUUUUCAAAAGAUACACAAAAAAACACUAAAUCAUAUCUGAAGGAGCGAUACAAAAAACACAAAUACUACUACCCACCUUUGAGAAUGUGCCUCACAUGAGUCAUUUGUGUUGCCAGUUUCAAUGCUGAAAUCCAGUUAGUUUAAACCUAAAUGACUGAUCUGAAUUGUCACUACCUAAACCCCAGCAUCUGCAGCCAAUCAUUAAUCAGUGCUAGUGCAGCCUCUGCAGCUCAGCCUGGCCUGUCCAUAUACUGAGAAUGACACAAACAUGCAUAUUGUAUGUGUUCUCUAUCUGCAGGUUAAGGCACUCAUAGGUUCAGCUGUAAUACCUUUUUUAAAACUGUAAGGCUACAUACCGUUCCUUUAAACCAGAAAUUAUCCUUGAGCAGCUCCAUUGUGUAUUUUACAGUAGCAGCAAAGCAUAACACAAAUAUGUAUAAGCAGAU